UCGGCACGAACUAUCGUAAACGCAUGUGUGUUUUUAGUUUCCUUUCAUUUUGUUGUUGUGAAUGUUUCAUAUAAAGAAAAGAUGUUACGACAUUGUAGCCGAAUCGGAAUUGAAUAUUUUCAAUUAAAUUUUAAUAAAUGUUCGGUCCGUCACAUGGCUGGUCAUUCAAAGUGGGCAAACAUAAAACAUACAAAAGCCCAGAAAGACGGAUUGCGAGCAGCCCUAUUCACAAAGAUUUCAAGACAACUUCGAUUGGCUGUGCAGGAAGGUAAAUCUGCGGACCCUGCUGUGAACUCGCUCCUACGAUCAGAAAUAGAUAAUGCGCUGAAGAAGAAUAUGCCUAUCGGAACAAUACAAAAUACAAUAAAGAAAUGCCAGCAUAACAAAGCACAAUUGAAAAAACAUCGACUCGACAUAAGAUUCAAAAGAAAUGUUUAUAUGAUUUGUACCAUAUAUAGUGACAAUAUAGCUGGCGUUAAAAUGGAUGCAACCGCAAUGAUAAAAAAGGCUGGUGGUUCAUUUGUGGAUGUGAGCCAUAUGUUUCAAGAUUUCGGCCUUAUCGAAACUCGUUACAAUUCAGAGUUAGACAAAAAUCAGCCCAGCUUAGAGGAAAAAGUUACUGAAGAUGCCAUUCAGUUUGGUGCCGAAGAAGUAGAAAUUGUUGAUGCAAAAAAUGCUGCAGUAAAUUUUUUCUGCAGUCCUGUUCUAUUGAGUGGCCUAAGCAGGACAUUGGAGCAAAAUGGAUACAGCAUUGAAAAUAGCGAACAUGUAUUUACACCAAACGUAAGAAACUGGAUUUGUUUAAAAAAGAGUAUGAUUCAAAUAUUGUCACAAUUUUUUAGAACCUUGUGGUGCUAGCUGCAGAUGAACAGAAAGCAUAUGAUGCAUUUGUCCAAAAAUUACGGCUUGUUCCCGGCCUGGAAGACAUUUAUGACAACGUGGAGUAAAGUCAUAGUAUAUAUAUAUAUAUAUAUAUAUAUAUGUAAAUACAUAAUUGCAAAUAUUCUAUUUCAUAUUAUGCGUAUUUAAAGAUGUGUUAGAAAUAUUUUAUAAAUUUAAAAACUAUUUAAAUUUAUUGAGCCUACUGAUAAUAUAACAACAUUUAUGCAAUAAAAUCUUUGUCAAAUGCUC